CUAACAUGUUCACUAGCAGUAGUGGUACUUUGUACAUUCGUUGUCAAUGUGUAGCUGCAUUCAUCGCACAACUUGCUUACGCAUCGAAUAGUCGAAUAGCAUCAAUUUUUACGAAGCUAGUAGAAAAAUAAUUCUCCCCGAAUAAUAAUUUUGUAUAAUUAGACUACCUACAUGGGGACUCGUACAGAUAAUUGUAUCUUUUGCAACAUCGUAGAUAAUAAAGCACCUAGCGAGAAAAUAUAUGAGGAUGAUUACGUGACAUGUAUUAAAGACAUUAAUCCAGCUUCAACGCAUCAUUAUUUAAUAUUGCCAAAUAAACAUAUACGCAAUGCAAAAGAACUUCGACCAGAAGAUGCUGAACUUUAUGACAGAAUUCUGUCUACAGUUGAUAUCAUAUUAGAAAAACAAGGUUUAGAUCCUGCAGCUACACGUACAGGAUUUCAUUGGCCACCGUUUAAUACGGUGUCUCAUUUGCAUUUACAUGUUAUUUCUCCUAUAAACAAAAUAAAUUUAUUUAAAAGAAUCAUGUUUGAACCCCACUCGUACUGGUUUGUAAGUACUGAUUACGUAAAGUCUCAGCUGAAAGUUUCCAAAUACAGUACGUAAAAUACAAAUACGUGUAAUAUUUGCAAUAAUUCUGUUAUAUCGGGUAAGCUUAAGGACUGGAGUAGUAGCUGUG